AUGAACCGAGUCAAGAACACGAGAGACGAGGGAGGGAGGAAGAAGGACCGAAAGUGCGCAUCCGGGCCCGAAUAGUCGAAUUUCUGCUGUCUCAUCGAGCCCAUUGGUCCAUUUCGCACGAUCUCUCUGGCUGCAAUACUUCGGGGAAGAAUUUAAUCACUAUAUAUAGCCCGCCUCCCGUCAGUUGGCCCUCGUCUGUCAUAUAUAGCCCCGAUCUUGAGCUCCGUACAUUAGCCUGUAUGCAUUUUUGAGAUUUUUGUUCCGCGGACUUGUGAAGGCGGGUGCAGCUUUUUCGAGUCCCUUGUCGAAAUUUGAAGGGGACUUGUUCAGAUGGCGAGGGAUGUGGCUGCAGUGCAGAAGAGGAAGAAACAAGACACAUCAGAAUUGAAAGCUGCAGCUGAUGUUAAGGAUUUUUCUGAGAAGAAGAAUGAUGAUGCCCCUGCCCUCACUAUGAAGAAGAAACCUGUGCUUUUGCUGGCGCUGUCAUGCUUGGCGCCUUAUGUCUAUAUGCUGCUCACGGUGGACCUGAAGGAAGGCAUCAGGCGCUCAAUUUUCGUGAACCUUGUGAUGAGCAUCGGCGGUUUUUUCUUGACAAUUAUGUUGAUACCCGUUGCAUCCAGAUACUUACUGAGAAAGAACAUGUUCGGUUAUGACAUCAACAAGAAGGGAUCAGAAGCAGGCACUUUGAAAGUGCCGGAGUCUUUGGGAUUGGUGACGGGGAUCGUUUUUCUGACGGUCGCAAUCGUAUUCCAGCCGUUUUUCUUCAAUCCUGAGCACUCUUGGCUUCCGGAAUAUAAUGCUGCGCUUAUGUGCAUAUGCUUUAUGCUCUUUCUCGGAUUCGUUGACGAUGUUCUCGACCUCCCAUGGCGGGUGAAGCUUUUGCUCCCAUCUAUCGCAGCUCUUCCGUUGUUGAUGGCCUAUGCCGGUCCGACGACUAUCUUGAUACCGAAACCUCUGCAAGGCCUAGUCGGAACGCAUCUUUUGGAGCUAGGCUGGGUUUACAAGCUCUACAUGGGAUUCCUUGCCGUGUUCUGCACCAACUCUGUGAAUAUUCUGGCUGGAGUCAACGGUUUGGAAGUUGGCCAAACUAUAAUCAUCGCCUGUGCGGUCCUUACUUUCAAUAUCAUGAGAAUGGGAAGACAAUAUUUAUACAUUGAAACAGAGGAAGACGUCUUGAGACAGGAAGCACACUGCUUUUCCAUCUUCCUUAUGCAGCCAUUAGUAGGGGCAUCCCUUGCUCUUUUUGCCUUUAACUGGUAUCCGUCGUCGGUAUUUGUUGGUGAUACUUUCACUUACUUUGCAGGCAUGGCCCUGGCGGUCGUGGGGAUAUUGGGUCAUUUUAGUGAAACUUUGCUGGUGUUUUUCUUACCUCAGGUUAUCAACUUCGUGUACUCUGUGCCUCAGUUAUUCAAGUUUGUAUAUUGUCCACGACAUCGCCUUCCCAGCUUUGAUCCAAAAACGAAGCUACUCACCGGCAGUAAUGACCUGAAUCUAGUGAAUCUUUUCCUUCGCACCUUUGGCCGAUGUACGGAGCCAGCACUAUGUAUCCGCCUUCUAAUAUUUCAGGUUGGAAGCUGUGCUUUCUGUUUUGCACUUCACAAGCUUCUGGAAGGCUGGUACAAGUAAAUUUUUGACACAUGAAGGAAUUAGAGACUCGGAUGAAAUGUGGGGAUGCUGCUAACGGGAGCUGCGAGGAGAAAGGAAAAGAUGAAACGAAAUGAAUUUAAAUGUGAAGUUUCUAGGGUCUUCCCAUCCCUUCAGUUAUUUUACCUGAUACACUGUUAUUGCAGGCGUUCAGGUCCAGGUUAAUCAUCGAAUGUAGCUAUCAUCUUGCACCAUUUCUGUUGGUUGUGACGUGAAAUGUCAUUAAAGAGGUCAGAUCACCAAGUAAUUUAUUGAUCCAAUGAGAUAUCAGGUUCAUUCAUGUACUGCUGGCACGGACUGGUCGCAUAUUCUGGAUCAUGUGGAUGGUAUCGUUUUGUGAAUAGUUUGCGUCUUGAUUGGAUGUUAUAGAAGCUUUGGCAUUCGCAGCCAAGUUGCUUCGAGAUGUCUUUUGAUCUGGACAUUUUUACUUCAGAG